GGGCGGGGCCUGUGUGAGGCCGCAGCAUCACGUGGUGCGUCCUCGCCUCCUAAACAUCGCAUUCACCUCCGGCUACAAAGAGGGAAGCGUAGCGCUGCUCCGUGCAGUCGACGGAGACCAGUUCUUCCUCGUUAUUUUUUUAUUUUAAUUUUUUUUAAGACUAGAAAGUAGAACCGGGCGAAGGAAUCAGGCUCGCCUGAGUCAGAUGUAACAUUAAAUAUGGCUGAAUGUGUCGAGUGACGGACCGGAGUGUCUGGUUUGUUUACCAGAAAGUAAACGACGGGUCCAAUCUGGACAGGCAACUCACCGAGGUCCGAAGAGAUUAACACUUAAACGAAGCUAAUUUUAAACGGCGAUUCACGCUUUUCUUUUUAAAUUGAUUUCCAGACCACCCAUUGAGGGGGUCAUUUUUAUUCUCCAUCGGUAGUGAACAACUCUUGCAUAGAGAAAUGGAUCGAGGUGGCUGUCAGAUGAGCGGCGGCGGAGGCGGAGGAGACCGCAGCGGGCCCGAGCAGUCCGGGAUGAUCACGCUGGAGGACCUGGAGUCUUUCUCGGAAGACCAGCUGUCUGACUCGGGGAACGGCAGCCUGGAAGAAGAGGCAGAGACCAUGGAGGAAGACGAUGACCGACUGCUGCAUUACUGGCAGGACGUAGCGAGGGGACACCAAGUGGAAGUUGCUCAAGAUAUGGCAGAGCCUAUUCAGCAACUAACCAGCAACAACCAUGGACGCAGUAACAGAGAACACGUACCUUUCACCCUCCUUGCACGCAAAGAGAAGUGUGGGGAGCUGCUGUUUGAGAGGCGCCAGUACGAAAAGGGCCACUGGGCUUGUAUAAGAAUGCGUGAGGACACUUAUGAACAGAGCAUCUGCUAUGGCUUCAUGAGGAUAAUGAAAUACAUCUGCCAGCAGAACUCUGUAGGUGACUACCUGGGCAUGACACUCCCCAUCGUCACAGUGGUGCGCACAAAUGAGAACCAGGCUGUGCUCUCCCAUGAGGUCACUGUGGCAUAUUUCCUCCCUGCUGAGCAUCAGGCCCAGCCCCCACAACCUACUGACAGCGAGAUCAUCAUAGAGAUCUGGCCCACCACUACUGUAUACGCAAGGCCCUUCUCCGGUCCUACCAACGAAGUGACCAUCAUUGAUCAGAUCAGCACCAUGGCAGAGCUUCUAGACUCCACCGACAUGUGUCUCCACGACUCGUUUAUUGUGGCCGGCUACACCAACCCUGCACAUAGCCAGCGCCAGAACGAGAUCUGGUUCCUAGAGCGACCCUAAGAGAAGAGAGGAUUGAGCAGCAUCCUACUUGUGACCCUUGAGGCUCAUAAAGACUCCGCCAACACUGCCGCAGCCCAGCUACAGCCUCAGAUGCAACAUCCUCUUUCAUUCACCGCCUCUACCUGAACUGACCACCAGCCCAGCACACUCCAGAUCAGUCAGGGCCUGAGAGAAAAGAAAACAGCCCUUCAACUAACCCUCAGUGAAUUUUCAGUUGUGCUCAUUUAGAUAAAUCCUCUAAACAAAACCACUGCCAUACUCUCAUUGAUACAACACAGAUGCUAAGAUGAAGCAUAACAUUUCAUCUCCUACUCAAAAAACACUUUGCUAGGCACAGUGCCCUCUUGUUAAAGCUAGUUUUAACACUUGACACUCUGUGAAGGCGGUGACCAUUGAGUGCUGUCAGAAACAUGCAACUGCCUGUCUUUACACAACAGAGACAGGUUCCCAGUAGACAUGCAGCCUUAUCUAUAUGCUCUGUUUCUGUUUGUUGCACAGCUACAGUGUUCUGUCAUGUGGGGUAAAGGUCAAUGCACAACACGCCCUUCUCUAGUUUGCUGAGGUGAUUGCAACUGUCACUGUUGAUCCAUUAUUUCUUUAUCUCUGCACUAAAGAUAACACGUUUAGGUGAUGCCAGUCACACUGCAUUAACAGUUAUUUUGAUUCUACAAUAAGUGCAAUAUUAAUUGUUGUAAUAACCAACAAUCAACAAGUCAGGUAUUACAGUUGCUGGGCCACUAACCUAACCCAAUCUAAGGGGGUUCUCAGUGGCUGAUCAUGGUGGGUUGGGGGAGAAAUCUGCAGCCUGCAACACAACCCGAUAAAACAACAUCCAGCUCAGAACUGGUGGCUUCUACCGUAAAUAAGCUCUUAACACAAUAGGUGACACUAAAUUUAGGAAACAUGAAUGUACUGCUAAAGGGAGGAGGUAGAAAACAAAUGUCACACUCCGAACCAAACACUGAAAAUCUUACAGAUUUUACUGCUGAAUGACAAUCAUAAAGUACUUCUUACGGCAACUCAAUGCAUUCCUCAUGUUUCAUACACACACGCAGGAAAAUGAAUGACCUCUGAACCUCUUUCUACUUGCUAUUUUCUGUCAUCAGUGGGAAGUAAGCAUUUGUUCAUUCAAAUGCCACUGCUACUGAGUGGAGACAGUCCAAAAUAGAUAGAAGAAAACUAAAUUCUGUUUAAGUUGAAACUGUUUAAUGAGUUUAGAGUCUAUAAGCAUCUUUAUCUCAUAUGCAACAUACACAGAGUGAUAUGCGUCACACCAGCUAACACCCAGAGUUCACGAUGAUAUGGGAAUAUUUGGAAAUGUACAUUUUGUGCUUGGCUGCUACUGAAAUAAAACAAAACUGGAGGUAAAGUAGCCAAAUCAUCACUGUGUGAGGAUUUAUCAGAGAAGAGCAUCCUUCGAAAUGCUUGAGUGGGCACUAAUUCAAGCAUAUUAAAUAUGUGUAAAAUUGAAAGUCAAAUGUUGUGCUUAAAUUGUGACAGUUGGCUUCAUCUUAUUUAAUUUAUAAAAAAAAAAAAGAAAAGAAAAGAAAUUGACAGUAAAGAAAGUAAGUAAGUAAGUAUUGGGUUAGGAAGGUUGCCCAGUUAAGUCAAGACACCAAAUCCAAAGAAUUUCUUUUGCAUUAAAUGAUUGUAGAGUUGGCAUGAUACUCUAUGAUAACAACUGUAGUGAAUAAACACAUGCAAAGCCAUGAUUUUGGUUGGUUUCCCUUUAAGAGCCUGGUUAUAUGGGAACAUCAAGUGUGAUGAUUCAACUUUUUUCCUUUCUCUUUUGCUUCUUUUUUUAGUGUUCUGCAAACGUGCUGUACUGUGAAAAUCAAGUGCAUCAACAAGAGCUACUGUGGUUUUCUUUGUUGAAUAAAAACAUACUUGUCUCCUGUCUUUUGUAAUCUAC